AUGUACGGAAUACAAACGCCGUCGGAAGUGAAUAUAGCGAGAGAUUCGGGAAUGGGAACGGUGGAUCAGCAUGCGCUGCUGGUGGCCAAAAUUGUGGCGAUGGUGCUGCUGAUUGUGAUUACGGUGCUUUGCGGCAGUUUGCCGUACAUGCUGGAUCGCUGCCUGAAAUGGACCAAACAGAAUCCGGAGGAGACGCGCGCCUCGACAGUGGUGCGCUGCCUGAUCUACUUUGGCGGCGGCGUAUUGAUCUGCACCACAUUUCUGCACAUGCUGCCGGAGGUGAUUGAGGUGGUGGAGCUACUGCAGCAUUGUGGCGUUCUGGAGGCGACGCCAUUUGCCCUGCCUGAGAUGCUGCUCUGCACGGGCUUCUUUCUCAUGUACGCUCUGGACGAGGUGAUGCAUUCGUUUAUGCGACGUCAUCAGCAGAAGCUCAGCCGCAAGGAGUCGCUGGCCAGCGAAGCCUUCGAGCGUGGGCAUAGCAUUAGGCACAGCGUACUGAUGCGCAGCACCAGACGCAAGAAGGACGCCUUGAAGUCCAGCACACAGGAUCCGAUGCCGGAGCACAAGCAUUAUGAUCAUGAGCUGCCGCAUGCAGCGCCUGGUCAUGGGCACAGUCAUAUGCCAGUGAACAGCAGUGGUUCCUCCAUGCGCGGCCUGGGCAUUAUACUGGCCCUGUCCCUGCACGAGCUCUUCGAGGGCAUGGCCAUUGGCCUUGAGGGCACCGUGGGCACUGUGUGGUUCAUGUUUGGAGCUGUCGCUGCCCACAAACUGGUGCUGGCUUUCUGCGUGGGCAUGGAGUUGCUGGUGGCUCGCACGCGCGCCUCGCUGGCCAUUAUCUAUCUCAUAACUUUCUCGAUUGUCACGCCCAUUGGCAUUGGUAUUGGCAUUGGCAUUAGUCAGCAGGCGGAUGCGAAUCAGCCGAGCGUGCCCUCGGGCAUACUCCAGGGCAUUGCCUCGGGCACGCUUCUUUAUGUGGUAUUCUUUGAGAUUCUCACGCAGAAUCAUGCGGGCUGGCGAGCCUAUAUAGCCGCUCUGGCGGGCUUUGCUUUAAUGUUUGGACUACAAGUACUUUCUGACGAGGCGGAAGGUGCUGAUAGUGACUCCUGUUCCUAGCGUGUGCUUGAGCUAAUGCAUAAAUCAAUAUGUGUAAAU